AUGGCUCCGCAACGUCCCCGUGCGAUUAUCGUCGACCUCCUUGAGCUCGGGAUCGAACGUGCUUCUCCUCAAUGCAGCCACCUUCAUCGUCUGCGCUGUCGCUUAUACACCCUAUGGGGCCUUUACCCUGCGUAUUUCACGCGCGUUUCUGAAAUGGCAGCAGGCCCAUUUAGAAGAAAGCCCCUAGGGCUUGAUGUGCCCCGCACGUCUGCAAUGGAGUCUCCGCCCGCCAUUGCUGCCUUGUUCGUGAUUCGGUUCGAUAUCAAGGCUGGAUACGUGAUAUCAUGGAAGCGUACCGUUCCCGGAGUCGAGGUGGAGGGUGUUGUCGAAUACAAGUCCCUCCCGUCUGGCUUGCACAAUGUGUCGGAAGAUCUAGUGUACUUUGUCCAUGAUCAGUAUGCUGGCAUCAGCGCAUUCGUCAACCAUCCUGCAGAGGAGGCUGAACGCAAUGCGAAGAUGUUCGCAAUUGGCGUUCUGGUGCCCCUGGCAUCAGGAAGACUAGGCAAGAGCUGGAGACACGCCCCGAAACUCAAGGAGCUCGCGCAAUCCUAUGCAACGGAUAUGUCCAAUACUCAAGCCCUGUCUGAAUACUGGGAAGCUCAUGAGAUACGCGACAAUGAUGCUUCAAAUGUACCGCCGGAAUCGCCCCUCGAAUCACCGCUCAGCUUCCGCUUGCGCGCUCAUGGAGAGCGACCGGAGAGUCUGCGUCGUAGCCGUGCAUUCAGUGAUGCGAUCGUGCUGGACACGCCCAGGCCGGCCCUGACGCCCUUCCACCCCGCCUCAUCGCUCCCCGAUUUCCUUGAUUGUUUCGGCCCACUCUUAUAUCCCUUGUAUAGAGCAGCAUUGCUCCGCAAGAGGAUCCUCUUCAUGGCGGAAGCACCUGUCCAGAUACCCUGUAAUUACGUGUACGAUUUAUCUUUGAUCGCAUCCUUGCCGAAUUCCCUUCUUCCCUUGCUUCCGUCAGACCAUAUACCAACUCUGCGGCCUCGUCCCCUCUUCAACGUCGGCAUCCACGACAUCCCCUAUUUGUCCACCUUUGUCGGAGUGGCCCCAGGAGCCAACCAGGAUGCUGCAUGGAUUGCCUGCAGCACCGACAGUGUCCUGAGCAUGAAAUCCGACCUCUUCGAUGUUUUAGUGACGCUCCCCCCUCCGCAUACAAGAAACGCCGCAGAGAAGGUAUUCCCUGAAAUAUCUGUGCUGCCAACCCCAACAGCAAAACAUCACACUCCGCAAGCGGUUCAUCUGAAGGCAACACAACGCGACGCACGACGUUACGCGACUCUCCGAAGAGGACUGCGCCAAAGCGUGCCGGAAUCGGAUGCCCAAACGGAGAAUUCCGACUCGGACUCGGACGCAGCCUCCACAUACUCGUCCAGCCCGGUUGUAGAGCCUAUAUCAUGGGCCCGACUAGCAUACUCGUCCUUCAUAUGGUGGGCGUCCGCUGGCGAGAAGCGGGAAGGCUUGUCAGAAGAUGAGGAGGAAGAACAUCAACUCGAGCAGGACACGCGGCUUCUAGCCAGCGUGGACACCCUUCCCAGCCCGCCUUCCGGCUCUGGUAGCCGUCGAAGCAUGCACACCGGGGAUACGUCUCAGCAACAGCCUCCGGAGAUAGCGUUGGUGGCUUACUUCCGACGCCUGACAGCGCAGAUCUUCGUUACACUGUCCGACGUUAUUGCCCGGCAUGACAGCCGCGAUGGGGAAGACCCAGGACAACAUGAUGGUCAAACCGAUGCCUCUUACCAGGAUGAGCCGGAGGACGACACAGAGCCCUCUGUGGCGAUUGGCCGCCAGACCACUCAGGAGGACGAGUCCUCGGCUCCUUUGUUGGGACGGGAUGCGGAGCCGACGCUCUGUGACGACGACGAACCUGUGAGAAUCACCACGGAAGAUAUGACUGAGAUGGGCCUUGAUGUCUGGAGUGGCGCCGAUCGCGUCUUUGUUGAGGAGUUGGUGCGUUCGUGGUGGGGGCGCAAAGCAUACGUUGAUAGCGCACGUAUCCGGUGUUGUGGGAUCUCUAUCAUUUAA